GCGCCGAAGACAAUACACGAGACGGACGUUAGUUCCCGAAAGUUGCUGCCGUACUCCGGAACCACGUUCUGAGUGUAGUACGACCCCCUGUCGUGAGGUUUCGAGCGCGAUCGCGGCCGAGCUCCGGUUUUUUGGCGGUGUGAGUCAUUCGCGCGAGCGUUACAUAAGUGUGAAGCGUGAAGAACGUUGAUCGUGAAGAGUGAGAAUUUUGUUUUCGGGGGGAGAGUGACGAUCACGAAGGAUUUGAACGAGUGUGCAACGUGGGGUAGAACACGAACCUGUGACUAGCUUUGGGGGAAGAUCGCGGGAUUUGGAGACUUCAACAGCUGAUCAUCGGCGCGUGAUCAACCCGCACAGGAUUCAACGAACUCCACGCAACGAAGCGGUGAUCCUGGAGAACUGUUCGGGGAUCGUCAAAGAAGAAACAGGAAUCAAACGUGGAUUAAGUCGUGUGUGUGUGGGUAGACCUGGAUGAUAUUGUGCAAAGUCGCGGCCAACCUGGAAUUGCGACUUUAAUUUUAACCUGUUUGAUUGUUCGCGUGUGUGUUUGUGAGUGGGGAUUUCAGAGUGUUCCCGAGGGAAUCGCUGCCGUGUCUGUAGUCCCGCAGACCUUGAAGUAUCGUGUGACAACGAAAACAGUGUGAAUCAAGAUAUCAAGCGUCAAAAGCUGGAAGUGAUUUGAAUAAGUUAGAACGCAAUAUAGCUGACGUUCCAGAAAUCGAUCCAGAACAGUGUGUUUGCUCUCUAGCUGAAAAAAAUCGUGUUUUUUUGUCGCCGCAUGUGAUCGUGAAAAUUAGCGAUCCCUUACACCGCAGAGAACUCAUCAUCGUUACAUCAACGAAUCUUCAACUGUACAGAGAGAUAGCAAAAAAAACACUCAAUUAACAUGUGCCUCGUAAUCGAAUACAGCGGCUAAGCGAGUACAUUCCGCGCACAACAACAAAAAAACAGAAACACAAAUCACAAUCUAUGGGCAUCAAAUAAAGCGUCACGCUAAUCACCAUGGCCGGAACGCAACCACCCCGCAGCGUGACGCCGAACGUCCAGCAGGACUACGACGUGACGCGGAUGCGCGAGGAGGACUUUGAGCGGCUGGCCGUGUACAUCGUGCCGGAUGUGCCCUGCGAGAAGGGCGUCCCGGGCCGGGCCGACAAAACGCUGCCCCGGAGCCUCACGCUGAAGCCCUCGCUGGUGCUGUCGACGCCGACCGCGACGACGGAAGGAGUAUGGAGCACGGGCGUGAUACCGCGCGGGACGCGCUUCGGCCCAUUCGAGGGCGUCCGGACGCCGAGCCACCCCAGUGACAAGCAGCUGUGGCGGUACUUUUGGAGGGUUCAGGAGCUCCGCCAUGUGUCCUAUGGGAACAUUAAGAUAUUCAAAGACAGCGACUUUUACUACCUGGACGGCUCGGACCCGGCCCACUCCAACUGGAUGCGGUACGUGGCGUCCGCGUACAGCUUCUCCGUGAUGAACCUGGUCGCGUGCCAGCACCAGGAGCACAUCUACUUCUACACCAUCCGGGACAUCAUGCCGAACGAGGAGCUGAUGGUGUGGUACUGCCGGGACUUUGCCAAGCGGCUCGGCUACGACAUCGACCCGGAGCGGGCCACCUACUCGAUCUGCCGCGAGGAAACGCUCAAGAAGACGUACGGAGCGAUCGUGAAGACGCCGGUGCCGGCGGAGGUCGCGUACAACCACGUGAAGCACGUGAUGGGGUUGUACCUGCCGGCGGCGACGGUGACGGCGUCCGCGAUUCGGAACACUCCGACGCCGAGUCCGUCGCCACCGGUUACGACGACGACGGUGGUGGCUAGUGCCACCACGACCGUCGUGGUUCCCUCCAAGCACCUGCAUCAACACCAUCACCAGCAUCUUCACCAGCAGCAGCAGCAGCAGCAGCAUCACAUUCAGGUGCACCAGACGGUUCUGCGGGAGCCGAGGAGGGUGAAGGAGGAGCUGAGGGAUAGGUCACCGAUCCGGAUCGUCAUCCGGGAGGAGCAGAGCCCACUGCGGGAAAGUGCAAAAGAGGUCGUGGACGCGGACUCGCCAAUUUCUCAAACCAGCAAGGACAACGGUCAUUACGAGCACCAGCUGACGCCGAACGACGGGUCGGUGCGGUCGGUUCGGUCGGACGAGGGCUACCACAGCAAUGGGUACCACGAGGACGGACUUACGCCACCGGAGGACUCCAGCGAUAGCGAAUCCGAGCACAAUUACGUGCUGGACUGCUCGAAGAAGGCGAUCGAGCCGAAGGAAACGAGCGUCACCAGCCAGAAGGUGGACAGCUGUGAUAAGAACGAGUACCGGAAGGUCAAGAUGAAGAUGCCGCUAAAGUACGAGUUCAAGAACAACAAAAACUUCAAACAGGAGGAACUCGUUGAGGAGGAGGUCGAGGUUGUGACCACCCCGGCAACCAGUACCGUGAUCGUGAUGGACACAACCCCGGAAACCACGAUCGUCCCAAUCACAAAGACGUACUACGAAGCGGAAACGUCCACCUCCCCAGCGUCGACCACCUUCAUCCGGUACACGCCCCCAAGCAGCUCCAGCAUCCUCGAGACGAUACUCACCGGCGCACGACCCGUCCCGGACGAUCCUCACCGGAGGCAACCGAACGCCACCCCGCCUCCAACCUCCCCCACGGAGAUGGCCUACUCGUACAAAAAAUCCCAGCGAUACGGAACCGCCUGCAGUCCGGACUCGAGCUCGCAAAACCCCGUCGAACCGAGCGACCCCCCAACCCUCACCACCACCCUCCAAGUGAUCCAGGAGUCCAAACUCAUCGCCGAACACCGCGAAUCUCCCCCAACCAUCAUGUACGACUCCCCGUACGAACCCUCCCCCCAGCACCACCACCCGUACUCCAUGUACGCCACCUCCCCCAACGGAACCGUCAUCAACAACGCACCCAGCUCAACCUACUCGCCACCCCUCAACGGUGGCCACUACGAGCGACUAACCUCAUCCAUCCCAACCACCGCCGCCGGAUUCGUCCACCUCCAAGGCUCCAAAGCCCCCGGACUCCCCCUCGGCCACCCCCUCAUGCAACCCCUGCCCCCGCUCACCCACGGCAUGUCCCCCGGCCGCAUCUCACCCCCGAGCAGUCUCAGCCCGGACGGCGGUUCGUACUCCCGCAGCGGCAGCCCCAUGAGCCCCGGCAGCCCCGGAUCCCGCGGCUACCGAAGCCUCCCCUACCCACUCCGAAAACGGGACGGCAAAAUGCACUACGAGUGCAACGUCUGCAGCAAAACGUUCGGCCAGCUCUCGAACCUCAAGGUGCACCUGCGAACCCACUCCGGCGAGCGCCCCUUCAAGUGUAACGUCUGCACCAAGUCCUUCACCCAGCUAGCGCACCUCCAGAAGCAUCACCUCGUGCACACCGGCGAGAAGCCCCACCAAUGUGAUAUCUGCAAGAAGCGCUUCUCGUCCACGUCGAACCUCAAGACGCACCUGCGGCUACACAGCGGCCAGAAGCCGUUCGCCUGUGAUCUGUGCCCCCAGAAGUUCACCCAGUUUGUGCACCUCAAACUGCACAAGCGGCUGCACACCAACGACCGGCCGUACGUGUGCCAGGGCUGCGACAAGAAGUACAUUAGCGCGAGCGGGCUGCGCACGCACUGGAAGACGACCAGCUGCAAGCCAAAUAACCUGGAGGAGGAGCUGGCGCUGGCCGCCGCUUCGAACUCCGAGUGUAUAGACAAAGAACCGGAGAGCGAUCCACGAGACUUUUACGAGCUGCAGCACCUCGGUGGCGGCCACCCCCAGUCCCAACCUGGCACCCCGCAUCACCAGCACCAGCCACCGCACCCCUCCCAGCUAUGCUCGCCCCAGCUGAGGCACAGCAACCACAUCGGAUCUCCACCUCCCCACCACCAACAGCAACAUCCCUCAUGGGUGAGCAACCAGCACCACCACCAUCCCGGUGGUCCGGAAAUCAUCCAAAAGGUGUGCAAAAUUGAGCAACAUCCCGCGAGCAGUACUACCAGCAGCAACAACAACAACAAUCCGGCCGUUCCGUCGCACUAUUUGACGGGGCCACCUCCGCAGCAGCAGCAACAGCAGGAGACGAGCCGACCCAGCGUCAUCGAGUCCAGCCAGCCGAUGAUCAUCGAGUGCACGUAGCCCCGGGUGGACAGCGUGAUUAGGGUUAGGACGGAAUGAUCUUCUUACUUUUUUAUUGGUUUAAGGGCUGAACAACUGUGAAUAUUAGCUUUUUAAGAUUGAAGGGGGGCGCGAUAGUUUUUAAGGACAGAACGGAAAUAUUAAAUUUAUAUAUUUAUUUUUUACUAUCUUCGAGAGAUCGACACGAAAUUGGCGAAGAAAAGAUGAAGAGUUGCAAAAAUUACAAGAAAUAAUAUUGUUAAGUGUUCUUAAGAUUAACUAAUUAUACGAAGAAGCAGCAGCAGGCAAAAAACGAAUACUGAAGUUUGUCAUUUUUCUUGAAAGUUACAAAAAAAAACAAGUUCAGACAGCAUCUUUAAUCCCAUCCCCAAAAAAAAACAACAAGUUCCCUUCCAGAGUGAUCCCGAAGUUUGGUGCCACCGCUGUAAAUAUAGUCUGCUAGUUGGUGUGGCACCAAAAGCUCGAAAUGUUCCACGAACUUUCCCCGUUUCCCCCCUAACAAGAAAAAGCAAAAUCGAAUGUGAAAAAGAAACCAGUUGACGAGAAGAAUAAGAAGACGAAAUUAUUGUGAUCAUUUUCCAAAAUUUGGCAAACGUAGGAUUUUCGACCUAAUUUUAAAAAGUUUAACUCAGUGCAAGUAAGUUUGAUAAGUAAGCGAAUCAAGUGAGAGAUAAAGAGAGGGAGCAAAAUUUAAGAGAAAUGAUCAACAUGAGCAACAGACUGAAAUAUAUUUGCUAAAGUUAAAAAAAUAAACGAAAAAUUUGGUAGCUGAACUUUGUUUUGGCGUGUGAAUUUUGAAGAAAAAAAAACUUUCUUUUGUUUUAAUUGUAGCUGUUUAGUGGAACAUCAAUUGAGAGAUGAACUGAAGAGAAAAGUGAAGAAGAAAUGAGAGCGACAAAGAGAGAGAGAGAAUUAAAAGAAUGCUUUCUGAUGUUGGACGGUGUGUUGGAAGGAAAGAAAAAUGUGAAAAAAAUAGUUUGCUGAAACUUUUGAAUAUCACUUUUAAUAUUUCUCCCAUUGGGUUUUUUUUUUCAAAUAGGUUUCUGAAUACCUUUUAAUUAUUUGAAAAUCUAUAAUAAAUUAUAAUUUCUGAGAUAUUUUUCUUGAGAUUUUCUUUGAAUUUUUUAUCUGUGUUGUCGUUUCGUAGUAUUCUCUGAAAUUUCGCAGAAAUAAAUUACUAAUUUUUACCCCAUAUAAAGCCCUAAAACAUAAUUAUUUCAAUUGAUGAUUUUUUUCACCGGAUUUUAGAAGAAAAAAAACUUUAAAAUACUUUCUUUAAAUAAAUCUUUAGAAAUCCUUAAUAAUUUAUUUUUGGUAAAUAUUUUUCUUUAAAAAAAACUUCAAAUACUCUGUAUUUUCAGUUUAAUAAUUCGAAAAUUCAAAACAAUUUUUGGUUACUUUCCAUUAUUCUUUUAAUUUUCUUAAAUAUUUUUCUGAUUUUAUGAUAGAUUUUUUUGGUAAUUUAAACUUUUUACAUGCUAUUUUUCAUAUUGUUUUCGAUUUUUUUCUCUUCAACAUUUAUUAAAUUUUUUUUAAUAGUUUUAGUUAUUUUUUAAAGUUGAAAAUUAUUUAGAAAAUUCAUGUUUUUUAAAUAAAAUUUUCAUCAAAUUUUUUGAUAUUCUUGAUUUUGUUUUGAAAGUGAUUUUUUUGGUUUUAGGAUUUAAUUUAUCUUUUUUUUUAAUUUUCUACAUAACAUUUUUGUAAUAGUUAUUAUUAAAUGUUUUUCUUUUCAAAAUUUCUUGUUAAAUUUGUCAUUAACAUUAAAUAUUAUUUUUUUAAUUUUAAAAUUAAAUUGAAAAUUACAAGCUUUUUUUCUUUUCUUAACCCCACAUAAAUCCUUCAAACAUAAUUAUUUCACCUGAAAUAUAUUUUUACUGGAUUUAAGAAAAACUAAUACUUUCUUUAAAAAUUAUUAAAAAUCCUUAAGAAUUAAUUUUUGCCUAAAAUGUGUGAAAUUUUUAAAGUAUUUUUUAUACUCUUUUAACUUUUUUAAGUUUUAAAACAUGAAAAUUAAAAACGUUUUUUAUUUUUUUUCCUUAUUUUCUUGAUUUUGUAAUAUUUUUUUUGCGUGCUAUUUUGAAUACUUUAAGAUUUUUUUUCUCUUAAUCAUUUCUAUUAAAUUUUUUCUUGAUUUCUGAUUCAGCUUUUAUUUGAUUUUUUUGCAUCACGUUUUUCAAAUAGCUUUUUUUUUAAAUAUAUUUCCUAUAAUUAAAAAAAUGGAGUUUAAAGUUUUUUUUUUCUAGUUAUAAUUUUCAUAACAGUUUUCUUAAAAAAAAAACUUUUGAAGAAUACAUCAUAACUUAUUGUUUGCUUGAAAAUUUUCUUAACUUUUAAGUUUGAAUUUUGCAUUUUUUUUCUUUGUAAAUUUAAAAAAAAUAACUAUUUUUAAAUUUUUCUGAUUUUUUGUAUGAGUUCGCUGUUAGUUUUUCAAAUUAUUUUGCUUGAUGUUUGAUAAUUUUCUUGAGAACUUUUUAAAUUUUAUUUCUAAAUUAUUUGUUUUUUCCAGAAAUUUCUUCUCUUUUAAAAAAAAUAAUGUUUUGCUUCUAAGCAUUAAAUUGUUUUUUUUAGAAUAAUCUCUUGAAUAUUUUUUUAUCAUCUUUAAAAAGAAAUAAUAAUUAGUUCUGGAAACAACAAAAAUCUUUACAUUUUGCUAUUUAAUUUCUUAUUUUUUUAUUUAUAUCUUGUUUUUUUUUAAAGUAAUGCAAUUUUUUAUAACGUUUAGUUUUUUCUUUGCAAUGCUUAUUUACAUUCAAAUUAAAAGAUAUUUUUCGAUUUCUUGGAACAAUACAACAAUUAUGCAAAAAUAUACUUUCAAAAUCUUAACCCGUUUAGAAAAAUAAAUUAAAAAAAAUGGUUUAAAAUAUUUGAUAUAAUUAUUUCAAAUGAUAAUUUAAACAAAUUUAGUUUCUAUCAAAUUUACAAAAAAAAAAAAUGAUUUUGAAUAAUAUUAUAAUGACGAUUUAUUGAAAUCAUUUAAGAAGGCUGAAUAAAAGAUUUUUAUUGUUUAUUGCUUUAUUUUUUAAUUCGCAAAUUUUGAUUUUUUUCUCCAACCAUCGACCAACAUCUCAAUCAGAAAAAUUAAAAGUAAACCCAAAAGGCUGUCCAUUGGAAUAAAAAAAAACGAAAAAAACACACAACAAAUUAACCCUAUUCGAAACUAACAAAAAGGAGAGAAAAAUGACGAAUUUCGCUGUACUAAACCGCUCGACCGGAAUAUUCCCGUGACUCGGAAAAUUUUGUACAUUUUGCAAAGAAAGAGAAAAAAACUCGGAUUAAUGUUAUCGUUAAAGUAUAAAAUAAAGAAAAACUCAAAAAGAAUCACAAAACAAAAAAACCUAAACAUAAACACUUAAACAAGUUAGCUGAAGAUCGGUGCUUUUUUCAGAAACAAGGGAAGAACUUGAAAAAUCUACAUUAUUUAUAGGUUUUUCGACCAGAAAAGUUUAACUCUUUAUCACACUCGGAUUUAAGGAUUAACCAAGAUUACGAUUAGCGGAAUGCAAACACUCACACAAACAUACACACAGAUACACACUUGUAGAAAGAUUUAAACUACUUUAAAAACAGGUUAAAAUAAGAGAAAUAGAGCGAGGAGAGAGCGAAUCAAUAGUGAUUUAAGGCUAGAUGAGCGAAGAGAAAGAGAGCGAGAGCGGAAAUUGAGAGGAACAAUUUACACGGUGGCCAAAACCUACUCAAAACACACACACAAAAUAUACGAAGCAUUAGAAAGCAUAGAGAGAGAGCAAAACUUCCUAAAGGAACAAAUUUUAUCCCAAACAAUAUUGGACUGUUUUUUUGGUCUUAAAUGAGCAGCGUUUAGAGAACAAAGUUCUAAGAAAAAAAGGUCGCAAGCUUCUGUUUUUCAAACUAUCAAACUCUACUCAAAGUUUACGGAAAAAAGUAUCAGGCAAUAGCACAAACAAAUAGUUUUAAAUCAGUCUUUAAUCGAUAUGAAACGCCUCAGCCCCAGCAAAUCUUAACCCGUAAGUCAAAGUUGAGUGGGAGAAUGCAAUAACCCGAGUACGAGAAAGUAACAAAUUUAACAAUAUUACCCACCGUUUCAGUUGUCGUCCAUUGCUCGUUUUGUUUACUUUUUUUUUCCUCGUUAAUCAUCUUAAAAAAAAAAAACAUCUUUCCAUCCCCAGUUUUGAGGCUCAUACGCAACGUGAUGUUUGUUAUUUCUAAUUAGUUUUGUUUGUAUGUUGUAAUCAGUGGAGAAUAAGAAGAAGACGAAAUGUGUACUGUGUACAUUGAGAUGAAAACAAAAAUAAAAGAAGUGUAAUAAAUAUAAGAAAACUUUUCUAUUGAAAACAGAGACGAAAUAUUUGCAGAGAAAAUCUUUUAUUUAAAACAAGCAAAAAAUUUGCUGCUACAGCUGCUUAGAAAUGUAGAAAAUGUUGACCAUUUGAUACGAUUCUUUUACCACUUUUUUGCGUUUCGCUUGUUAUCCAACGAUGACUGGUUUCUGACUCCUGUUGAAAGCAAAAUCACAAUAUUUUCGUUACGUUUUUCCCGUCCAUCCCCCGCAAAUCAAAAGAAAUCAAACUAUUUUGGGAGUUGCAAUCGUUUGUUAGAUUUACUAAACUAAAAUAAAAAAAAAAAAAUGCAGAACCAAGCGCCCCUGUGAGAGAAGAGCAUUGACUGAUUAAACUUAGCUCGGAUUAGUUUUUUUCUUUUUACGCGUGACGAUGAUUGGCGUGAGAUUUUUAAGUUUGAAAUUAGCGCGAACCUGAAAAUUUGUUUGAUCUUGACCAAGCUUCGUGGGCGCGCGCGCCCCCAAAUGCAAUUUCGCCUAGUAUUCCUGUUGAUUGUGUGAUAAGUUAACUGGACAAACAAAAAAACACUAAAUUUAAAUUUAAACGCGAAACAGAAAUCAAGUCAUCAAGCCCAUGAGAGAAAGAAUGAAAUUGUAGCUUGUAAGUCAAAAUGCGAAACGAAAUUUAUGCAGGAGAAAACGUGUACAGAUUUUUUUUGUUUUGUUUUAUUGAAAUAAUAAAAGUAAAAACGCAGCGUAAGAAAAGGAAGGAGAAAUAUAAAACUAACAAUUACAACACAGAGAAAAAAAAAAACACACGCGCAGACAAGCAGUUGCAAAUACACAACAGAUACACACACACAAAACAGAAACACAACAACCUGCAAGUAAUAUAAACUCUA